UCACCAGGCUACAGCGGUAGUAGGCGUUCUCCGCCUUGGAGUUCUCGACGUGUGAGCCCACGACGGAGCAGUCCUUAUCGCUUACCGAGAUCAAGCAGCAGUGAAAGACUAGCUAAAAAACUACUGGAGUCUUCAGAAUUAUCUUCAGUAUCAGACAGUAGUGCCCUAAAGGCAAUGGUGGAAUCGUUGGCCCCUGCACUGUUGGCUGAGCUAGCCAAGAAGAGAAACAGUACCUUGUCUUCUGCAGUGAAGAGUAGCAGCAGUAGAAAGCGAUCAUCAUCUCCAUCCUCCAAAAGAAGUGAAUCCUCUAAGUCAAGUAGCUCGUCUGUAAUGAAGCCUAGUACCUCCAAGAGCAAGAAACCAACCGGUCCUGGGACAUCCUGUCUGUUAAGAUUUAAAAAUGUUCCUUUUGGGACUACACACCAAGAGCUAGUUGAUACAGUUGAGCACUUUGGGCCAGUUCACACCGCCAUUCUCCUUAAAGCUAUCUCAGAGGCAUCAGUGUGCAUGGAAAAGGAGGAAGAUGCCAAAGCUUUGGUCAGCUGUAAGGACCUGAGGCUGCGUGGAAAGCUUAUUGACAUCUGUAUGGAGAAGGAGGCCAGGAGUGAAUUAAAGGAUUUUGAACAUCAGAAGAAACCUUUUGCUAAAAAAAAGGAGUCUCAACCUGGAAUGAGCAAAAUUUCACAAGUGAUAAAAGCUAGAGAUGUGCCUAAGAUGUCCCAGAUGAUUAAACCUAAAGAUGCAUCUAAGACUACAGCAGCAGCUAAAACUAAAGGUGCCUCUAAGCUGUCACAAGCAGUCAAAGCUAAAAACGUGCCUAAGGUGUCACAAGUGUCUAAACUUCUAAAGGAGAUUCCUAGGUCACAAACAGCUAAAGGGAAACAUCAUUUUAAAGUCAAACCUUCUGCAAAAGGCCCAGGAGAAACUUCUGUUAAAAAGAUUGUAAAGAAGGAGCUCCAAUGGAGAAGGAAUAUAGUUGAGAUAACUGAUCUUCCAGAGGAAGGAAUCACGGAAGAGGAUCUCGCAAAUCUUGCACGUCCCCAUGGUUUCAUUACAAAGCCUGUCAUUGCUGUCACUCAGCACAAGGCAUACCUGGAAAUGCCAAAUACCCAGUCGGCCGAGGCACUGGUUAAAGCAUAUGCAGAGACUCCAGCAAAAAUACAGGAGAAAGAGAUAAGCAUCACGAUGAUGACCAAACCUGUUCACCUUAAAAAUACAGAAUCAUUGUUCAGAGUACUCAUGGGAUUGGGCAAGUUGCCUCCUAAGGAAUUUGCAACACUCCCUGAACGUCUUCUCACAGUCAAUAAUGUACCUGAUAAGAGUGGAGCAGUCAAUGAAAUUCACAACCUCAUCAAACGUUUUGGUUCCUUUAAGCAGUCUUUGGUGUUAAAUGAAAGAAUCAUUUUUGAAAUGGAUAAUGCAGCUGUGGCCAAGUCAGUCUAUAGUCGAUUUCUAAAGUUUCCAUGCAUAAUACAGAAUAAUUCCCUCACAUUUAACCUGGCUAAAAUGCCCAGAGUUGCUGAACAGAGUAAAAAGAAAGCUGAUGCUAAAGGGUUGAAACGAGUACCCAAAACCCAGAAUACAAAUGCAGUUACCUCUCGAACUACAGUUCCCAUACCUACUUCAUUUACAAGAGAUGUAACUGAUCAAAACAGUGCUAAUGGAGAGGCUGUUCUCAUGAAAGGCACUGAUAACGAUGUCAAAGAAACUGAACCUAAAGCAAAGAUUGAGACAGCUACCGCUGCUUCCACUGAUGAAAUAGCAAUUACAGAGCAGGCCCCUGGUGAGAAAGCCAACUUACCUAGCCAAACAGUUCCAUGUGACACUAAUGACACUGAAAAGGAUGCCCCACCUAAUGAAACACCAGUAACUGAAAGUGGAGAAUCCAAAAUAGAUAUCCCUGAAAGCAAAACUAAGAUCGAUCCCCAAAUGGAGCAUGUUACAUUGGUGGAGACUACAGAAACUGAGUCAGGGAACAGUGAUGUGCCUCCAGAAACAAUCAAAGAAGUUCCAUUGUCUGUGGACACAAUUGAACAUGCUGAAAGCCUUCAAACAGACACAAGCGAGGGUACUGAAAACUUACAAAUGUGCACAACUGAGCAGACUGAAGAUCUAUCAGUGAAUAUAACUAAGCAUUCUGAAGACUUACAAAUGGACACAAAUGAUAGUGCUGAGAAAUCUGAGAAAACUGAAAAUCCCCCUGUGGAUACAACUACACAUUCAGAAGAAUCAUUCUUGGAGGGACAUCAUCUAUCACCACAAAGAGAUGCUGCAAAGGAUGGUGACCUCUCUGCAGAACAGGAAAAAGUGGAAGAGAGUAAAUUAGAUGAUGUUAGUGUUGCUCAGUUGCCUCCAAUAGAGGACUCCAAGAUAGCAGAACUAACUAGUAAUGACGAAGAAGACAUCACAGUGAAGCAUGUUUUGGAAAAUGAGUCACAGCAGGGUCCCACAGAGGAGUCCACCCAGGCAAGUGAUGUCACACAGGGCGAUUUGAGUCCAGAGAGUACUACAAAUAAGGAUGAAGGUCAGUUUAAGGAGGAUGUGAAGCAAUGUGAACCUGUUCUAACUGAUAACACUCAGAAGUCUUCUGACCAAAACCAGCCUGGAAAAGCUACAACUCAGCUAGGGGCUCUUCCAGCUGAUGACAUGACCCUGAGUUUUCCACCAGUUACACCAGAGGUCUUGAAGGCUCUUGAAGCAGCAGUCCAUCAAUGCCGUCUUCAGUCCUCCAUGAAACGUGCAGAAGAAGAAGCCGGUCGAAAAGUGGAGCGAGAAAAGAAUUCCGCAGAGAAAGACUCCCAGGUGGACAGGAAAGUAACUAAAUCUGACCGGCAAAAGGCUCAAGUUGAAAAAGGAAUAACUCCCCAGAGUUCUAGAACUACUAGAAGUCAGCGUAGAAAAGCAGAGUCACCGGAAAAGGAGUUUUCUUCCAGAAAGAAGGUCAAGGGUAGUCCAAAAGAUGGGUCUCCCACUAAUAGUAAUGAAGGCUCUUCAAGUUCUUCUUCUUCUGCAUCACGCAAAACCAAGCCUGAGAGUAGCACAGUUUCAAGGCAGUCAAGGGAGCAUGAGGAGUGUGGCUACAAGACCCGUAGUAGAAGCAGAACUACACAUUCUUCAAGGACCGAUACAAAGGCAAAAAGAACUGGAAAGCAAAAGGGUGAAGUUGAAGAGCCAUUCCCCUUCAACCUUGAUGAGUUUGUAACUUUGGAUGAGGUUGGAGAUGAGGCAGAGGAGCAAACAUCUAGCUUGGUACAAUCUAAAUUAAAGAAGGAUGAUCCAAAAUCUACUAUGACAUCAACACACAAAGGAAAAUCCAUUGCUAAUAUCAGUUCUGAAAAGUUUAAGAAGCCACCAACUUUAACUACACUUAAGUCCACAUCUGCUGCAGACACUGAAGCAGUGGAUCAGGAAGUUACAGAGAUGAUGGAAAAUGAAACUUUAAAUUCAGUCACUGAUGAGAAAGAUACUGAAAACCCGGAAGGGGUUGCAGUUACUACUGAUGUCCUCCAGGAGGCAGUGCUGCAAAAAGUAGAAACCACACCAGAACCAACUCAAUCUGAGGAUAAAAACCAGAAGUGCAUUUCUGAGGCAGAUUGUAAAGCAUCCCUUCUCAUCAAUAAAGAGACCGAUAAAGGAACCUCUACAUUAAAGUAUGAGCAUGUUCAAGUCUCUGAGACUCAGGAUCAGGAGUCACCCACAGAACACCAAUCUGAGAAGUUAAGUACUGCACUACAAAAGAUGGAGAACAAGGAACUUCCAUCCCAGGAUGCUCUUGUAACCCUUGAUGAGGUGGGCGGAGAUGAUGCUGAUGAGGAAGAGCUUCUGAAAUGCCAGGCUGGUGAGAAUCCUGAAGCACUAUUAACCCUUGAUGAGGUGGGAGCUGAUGAAGCUGAGGAGGAACAGUUGGAAAAAGCACUCCAUGGCCUGGUCACUCUUGAUGAAAUUAUUGAGGAGGAAGAUGAGGAUGAUGCAAGCUCUUUUAACCCUGAGACUCUUGUCACGUUAGAUGAGGCGAGAGGCGAUGAUGAGAUGGAUGAGGGUGAGCAAGCUAAAGUAAAUCUCGCCAGUUCUGAAGUUGAUGCACAGGCCCAGCCUGAGGUACCUGCGGAAUCGUCUCUCCUAGAAGAGGAUGCUCGUGAUAUAGAAGAACUUCGCAAAAUGAAUUUUGUGACGGUGGAUGAAGUGGGGGAGGAAGAGGAGGACAAGCAAGAGCAGUUGUUUGAGGAGACGGUAGAAGACGAGAAACCGAUGACCAGGCGGGUUGGAAGGCCUAAGAAAAGAUCUCGGCAGACACCGGUGAGGAAGUCUCAAAGAGGGAAGAAGAGGCAGUCUAGAAACUCUGUAGAAGAACUCCCUGAACAAACCCCAGAGGAGGAACCAGCUUCUGUCAGUAAUAUGCCUUCCUCAGUCACAAGUUCAGUAGACAUAAACAUCAAACCAGAUGAUGGAAAAGAAGAGGAAAGUUUGAAAGCAGAAUUAAUUUCGUCAUCAAGCACAGAGAAUCCUAAAGUGGAGGAAGAGAAGCUUAAUAUCAGCAAACAGGAAGAUAAAGCUGUGAUCAAGGAGAGUACUGCUGCUGGAGUUACAAUUGUAGAAAGAGCAGCAAUAAAAGAGGAAUCUAAACAGAGACAUGAGGACACGGAAAAUCAGGAGACUGUCUCUAAGAAGCCUUGCUUACAGCCCUCUGCAGUUAAUGACUUCACUCUGCCCCCCUUUAGCCCAGACAACCCUAUUGGUGUGGACUUUGUGGUGCCCAAGACUGGUUUCUUCUGUAAGCUUUGCUCUCUGUUUUAUGGAAAUGAAGAGACUGCAAAGAAAACCCACUGCAGCAGUUUACGACAUUACCAAAGCAUGCAGAAGUACUAUGAAAAGCUCAAAGCUCAGAGUGGCAGCUCUACACAGACACCAUCCACUCUUUCGUCUGAUAAUUAGAUCGUUUGUUUCAUUAUUUUAUUUUAGUACUAUUUUUGACAUAUGGGUCCAAUAUUAUUCUGUUAAAGCUUAUAGGGUUUUUUUUUUUUUUUUGGUGACUACUUAAGUUCAUCCUGGAAACUGAAUCAUUAAAACGUAAUUAAUUCAUUUGGAUGCUAAAUAAAAAUGUUUUAGGAAAAAACUAGUGUUUUUCAUUCAUUUCUUUAACUCAUUCUGUCAGGUUUACAAAGGUGUUUAAAAAAUAACAGCGGGUUAGUAAAAGUAAAUAAAGUGCAAAUACUUUAAUAGUUUGUAUUUUCAUACUCAAAUGUAGUGGAAAUUUUACAUAUUCAAUUCCAAAUCAAAGAAUUAACACAUUUUAUCAAGACUUCCUUAUUCUUUUAAAGCAGGAAAAGAAAAUAAGUAUCAAUGAAAUAUUAUUAGGUUACAUUUUUCUCUUCAACACUUAAACUAAUUGUUUUAUUUAAUAAAUUACUUAUUUACUUUUUUUUUGUUUGUUUUCAUUGAAUAACCAUUGUCAUUUUUUUUAUAACUGCUGUACUUUUACAUUGCAUCAAGUCAACCAACUUCUGGCGUCCGGAUAAAGGUACUUCAACGAACAAAUAGUUGCUGUGAAUUAAUGGCUUAGCUUCAGAAACUGCUUUUAUUUUUAAAUCACCACACAAGUUUUGUAAUGGGUUAACUGGCCACUCUAUUACCUCAAUCCAUUUUGUCUGUAAUGAAGAUGAUGUUUGCUUACUGAUGUGUUUGGGGUCAUUGUCUUGUUGAAAUUUUCUCUUCAGCAAAGGGCAACAUAAUUUCCUAACGUAUUUUGAUGUAUUCAAACUGAUUAGCAUGCUCAACGCAUUUGUAUGUAAAAAAAAAAAACCCAUACCGUGGUUUUUGCGCCAGCAUGCUUCAAGUUACUGUCGAUGAACACUAGACCCGAAAAGACCAAUUUACUCUCAGUCCACAGAAUGUUAAACCAUUUAUUUUUCUCCUAUCAAUGUUUUAAUCGAUUCCACACAUGCAUUUUUUUUUUAAACAAAGGUGGACUUCUUGCUAACAGCUUAAGCUCAGUUAAAUGUUUUUUACUGUUAAAGUAGUUCAGACUUGUUACUUAGCAGUUCAGAAGAAAAAAGAUAUAUAUUUUUAAUUGUGUGCAGUAUUUGCUUCCCUUCCUUAAUAAAAAGACAAUGUAAUACCUAAUACAUUCUUUGAUUAAACUACACUCUACUAUUAUUUUGAGCAUACACCCAUUAAAUGAAUGUGUCAGUUACUCAGAACCAGCAGUGUACAUGUCAUGAAGUUUGGCCUGUAGUUUGCAUAGUACAUGAAUACAUUCACAAGCAAGUUAUUUGCAAUGCAGAAGUAGUGGUUCAACAGGUUGCUUAUGUUGUACUGCCGUUUAUUUAAACACAACUGUAUAUCCAUGUCAACAUUUGCUUUUUUAACAACAAAUCAAAAUAAAA